AUGUCUGAUAUCAAGAACUUCGAAUUCACGCCCAUUGGGUAUAUCAAGUCCAAGAGCGGUGAGAACGAUGCCAAGGAGACGCUGAUGUCACCGACUGGAGCCAGUGUACGAUCUCCCGGGAGUGUUGGGCAUGUACGGAAGGCCCGCAGAAGGAGUAUCAACGAUACCGUGAACUCUUCUCGAGUGGAGAACGAUAAUGAUACUUUCGAUGAAACGCUGCCAGAAUUGGAGAUGCGGAAGUUGCCGCAGUAUAGGAGAGUACCAGAGUCGCGGACUUCAGCUCGAAAUUCUGGGGCGGCACCACAAGAGGAACAAAAUAGGAAUGACUACUCAGACAUAUUGUCUAAGACAUCUAACCCAAUCAAGGAUCAGGAGCAAAAGAUAAAGGACUUGGAACAUGAGAAUACAGUGCUGAAGGUCAAAAACGUUUCGUACAGGUCGCUACUUGCCAACUACAGCGGCGGGUCCUCUCAGAAUAAUAUCAACCUUGUGGAAGAAGUCAGUAUAUGGAAGACAAAAUAUCUGGAAACUAAUGAGAAAUUGUUAAAAGUGAAGCAAGAUUUCGAGAGCUAUGUGCAAAAGAUGGAACAAGAAAAGGAAGUUAAUACUGACCAGGAAAAGACUAAAGAACCAGAAGUCAUCCCAAUUGAUAACCCAGAGUAUAUUAAAGAACGUGAACAUAUUCUAGAAGAGUUGGAAAGGGUCACUGAAGAUUUCAAGAAUUUAAGAGAUAGAUAUAAUGAUCUAGAGAUAAAAUUUCUAUCAAUCCAAAACGAACUCGAUGAAAAGAAACAGGAAUUCGAAAGCUCCACCGCAAGACUUAAUGAAGAGAUUCACACUCUAAAAUCAACUAUCGAUGACAAGGAUGCAACAAUAAGCGAAUUCAAGAGAAAACUAGGAAAUGCAGAGGAUCAAUUGGCCUCAAUAGAUGACCAAAAUGGAAACCAGAAUCAGAAACUGUUGCAUGAUCUGAAGGAAAGAGAAGAUGCUAUUGACGGUCUUAAAGAGGAUAUCAUUGAAAAGGAGAAUGCCAUAGUGCACUAUAAGGAAGAAAUUCAAGAUAAACAGAAUCAAUUAAAAGAAUCAGAGUCUAAAUAUGCAGAAGUGCAAAAAGAGUUUGAAGAUUUCAAGAGGGAAUUGAAAAAACAAACAUUUGAAUUUGAAGAUGGUAAAAAGUCUACUUCUAGACAACUUCAAGAACUUUCUGUAGAGAAAAUUCAAUUGGAAAAGCAAGUUUGUAAUUUGAGAGGUCAGAUCGAGAAAUUAGAGCAACAACAUAGGUUGACCCAGAGUGAAAACGACGGUUUAAGAACCAAGUUAAAACAUAUCGAAUCUGAUCUAAAGAACGAGAAAUCGAGAACUGAAGUGAAGAUCAAAGAUCUGACAUCAGAUCUUGAAGAUGCUAGAAAAAAUCUAGGUGAGGCUAAUAAUACAAUCAAGGAACUCCAUCAUGAAAUAAUAAAAAAUGCAACCAAAUCAAAAGACCAAUUAUCUGAAGAAGUAGUUGAAAAGGACAAAGAAAUUGAUCAAUUGAAACAUAGAGUACAAAGAUUAGAUGAAGAGCUUCGAACUUCUCAAGCUGAGCUUGACAAGGCAACCAAAAACAGAGAAGUUGAUCAUGAACUUGAGAUUAGGAGAUUACAAAACAAACAUGAGAUCGAACAAGAAAGCCUCAAACGAGAACUGGCACAUAUGACUGACGAGAAAGAGAGACUAGUCGACCUCCAUAGACUUGAUAUAGAAACCUGGGAGCGCCAAAUUGAAGCAUUAAGGAAAGAAAACGAAAACCUCAUCAGCAGAGAACACAAAGAGUCUAACAAUAUAGAGAUAACAUUACAGGAUAAGAAUAUCCAAAUUAGAAGACUCGAGGCGGACAUUGUACAGCUCAAUGAAGAAAGAAAUGAUAUAUUGAAUAAGUUAAGAUCAUUGGAGCAAGCCAAGGAUCGAUACAAAUCCGAGAUGAAGGAUGCCUUGGAGACGAUAUCGAGGUUAAGAGUUGAUCUGGAGAACAACAAGUCCUUGAAAGACUCUAAGGAUUCCUUAAUUGAAAGGAAAUACGAAAAGUUAAAGGAUGAAUUUAAACUAAUGAAGAAAGGUUACUUAGAUGAAAUGAUAAAAUUGCAAAGUAGAAACAGAGAAUUGAACAGUGACCUACAGAAGCGCAUGGAUCCCAGUAUAUCGACAUCUGCGAACACUACACUGGCAGAUAAACUGGAUUACUAUAAGCUCAAGUACAACGACGAAGUCAGACACAAUAACGAUCUGCGUGUAAUCAACGAGUACUUGAACAGGGUUCUACGGGCCAGUGCACAGGAUAUCCGAUUAAAUCUGCUGAAAGUAGAAAAUGAUCUAAACAUUGACAUCCAUAAAGAGAAUGUGCCACUCUCGGCGCCAUUGUCCUCAAGUGGCGGCAGGCCAUACUCAAGUUCAUACACCAGAGAGUUUGACAAGUACGAUUACAGAUACCGCCAGAAGGGCAAGCGUUUCAAGACCGUCGCGCUCGCGGUAUUGGCAGUGAUACGCAUGUACAGGGCCGCAAAGAAGCACAACUGGAACGAACAACGGAUCCGCUACUUACAACGCAAGAUAAUAGCAAAGGAGGACCGCAUCACAUGGUGA